AUGGGUGAGGCCGCGGUUUCAUUCGAUGUCGCUCCGGCGGCGACGAUCGGCGGCGCCGCCACUCUCAUUGCUGGGGCGACGGGGUUCAUCGGAAAGUUUGUGGCAGAAGCGUCCAUCGCCCGGGGAGUGCCCACCUACGUGCUACGCCGUCCCGGGGCAAGUGCGGCUGCGCCCUCCAAGGAGGCGGUGAUACGUUCUCUACAGCAGAAAGGUGCCGUCGUUAUUGAGGUGAGACUCAUCUGAUGUUUCAUUCUUUCGUUCUUGCGGGUUGCCUGGAGAGAGAGAGAGAGAGAGAGAGAGAGAGAGAGAGAGAGAGAGAGAGGGAGAGAGAGAGAGAGAGAGAGAGAGAGAGAGAGAGAGAGAGAGAGAGAGAGAGAGAGAGAGAGAGAGAGAGAGGGAGGGAGAGAGAGAGAGAGAGAGAGAGAGAGAGAGGGAGAGAGGAGAGAGAGAGGAGAGAGGGAGAGAGGAGAGAGAGGAGAGAGAGAGAGAGAGAGAGAGAGAGCGAGAGAGAGAGAGAGGGAGAGAGAGAGAGAGAGAGAGAGAGAGAGAGAGAGAGCGAGAGAACGAGAGCGAAGAGAGAGAGCGAGAGGGAGAGAGAGAGAGAUGUUGAAUGAUAGGGUGAUGUAAGAUUCUUGACUCAAGCUCGUCUAAUUUUUACCCAGAGUGGGCAUGGUUUUUAGGCCCAGACCUAGAAAUGGUAAUAUCUUACGACACCAUCCAUCAUGGAAAAAUUCGAGUUCGAUGGUAUUAAUAUGGUCUCUCUUUCUCUCUCUAAGAUUUAUGAUUCGAGACUCAUUCUCCCGUUUGUUUUCUAUGCUUCAGGGUUAUGCAAACGAUAAGGAUUUCAUCGAGAAGAAGCUCAAAGAACUGAAUAUCGAGGUGGUCAUUUCUGUACUAGGAGGACGAAACCUUCUCGACCAGCUCCCCCUGAUCGAAGCCAUCAAAGCUGCCGGAACUGUCAAGGUAAGACCGAGUUUUCGGCAGGGCGCAUCCUAUUUUCCAAGCUUUUCUGAUUGUGUAUUUUAACCGACAACAAUCUCUAUGGGAUUCUGUCAGUGGACAAUCUUAGCUUUUAGAAUAUCACCCUCCCCCAUCCGCAUUUUAAUCAUCUCUCUCUCUCUCUCUCUAUCUAUCUCUCUCUCCAGAAAAGUUGCACAAGACGUAACUUGUUGUUUAGAGCGUUGAGUAAAAGUCCAAAUAGUCGUCAAUUUAUGUUUAUGCAGCCUAAUGACGGCCGUGUUACUAAGCAAAGACAGGGUCCUUCCUUCUCUGGCAGAGGUUUCUACCCUCGGAAUUCGGAAACGACGUUGACCGGGCAAACCCGGUAGAACCCGGCCUUCGAGUGUACGAGGAGAAGAGGAAGGUCCGGCGGGCGGUGGAGGCCGCCGGCGUACCCUUCACCUACAUCUGCUGCAACUCGAUCGCCGGCUGGCCGUAUUACGAACAGUACGACCACUGUGAGGCCGUCCCGCCGCUGGAGAAGUUCUCCAUCUACGGCGACGGCAACAUGAAAGGUAGGUCCUACAGCGUUAUCAGCUUACCCACUUUAAUCUCAGUUAGAUUUACAUAGUGAGACAUUAAACUAUGGUUAAGAGUUUCAACGAACCAAAAUUGGCCAAUUUUCUCUAGGAAUAAGAAUCCCCGGGAAGAGCUAUCCAAGGCCUGGCCCGUUCUCCAUUUAGACCACCUGGGUCUGAUCCGAAAUCUCCGAAGCUUUGCUGCAGCUUCUCUCCCCAUAAUAUCAAACCUUGGCGUAUAUCUAAACCUACGUUGAUCGAAUGUGACGUAGUUUAGAACUUUGGUAUGGUGGCUAAGUUUUGUAUUAUAAUGAUGUGAGAGUGACAAACUAAGAUAUUCCGUUCUGAGAGCUAAAUGGAGUUCCUCUGCAGCAUACUUCGUGGCCUGCUGUGACAUCGGCAAGUUUGCGAUCAUGGCGGCACACGAUGACCGCACCAUUAACAAGACUGUCCAUUUCCGGCCGCCCUGCAACUUCCUCUCCAUGAAUGAGCUCGCGACCCUGUGGGAGAAUAAGAUCGGGAGAUCUCUGCCCAGAAUUGCUGUCUCUGAGGCGGCGCUGCUCGCCGCCGCCGCCGGUUAGUAGGAACUUCUUCUUUCGAUGUCUGACUGAAAGCCAUUUGGCCAUGGGCGAAAAAGGGAGUUUAAUCUGUCUUGAAACUCAGACUAUCCUCAUCAUUUGAUCUGUUCAUAGAAAAUCGGAUCCCAGAGAGCUUCGUGGCCUCGUUCACGCACGACGUGUUCUUCAAGGGGUGUCAGCAGAACUUCUCCAUCGAUGGCCGGCAGGAUCUCGAGGUCACUGAACUGUACCCAGGCGUCACUUUCCGGACUAUGGAGGAGUGCUUCGAGGACUUCGCCGCCGGAAUUCUUGGUGAAGAAAUUGGCCGGACCGAGCUGCCUGCAUAUGAGAAGAUCUGCCAUUCAAAGAGAGAGAAAGAGAGAGAGAGAGAGAUUAUUCGAGCGUGA